AUGGAGCUGCCGGCAGUGCGGAGCACCAAAGCGAUUCGAUACCUGUGCCUCCUGCUACUAUGGCACAGUUUUGCUUCGUCCACGAAUGUUGCCGCAGCUUUCGAAGAUGACGAACUAACAGCCUCCAUGACAGCCCUGGCGAGUGGCCCGUCUGACGAAUCGACCAUGGACGACCCUUCGAACGUAUCGGACGACAAAAGCUAUUCCUAUUCGAACUAUUUUGAUGAUGAAGAGCCGCGUGUGAUGGUGAUCGGCGUUCUAGGUGGCCGCGUUGGUCUUCCCUGUAAUAUACAACCCAACUCAACAGAGGACGAAGUUUCGCUUGUGUUGUGGUACAAGGAUGACUCGACAACCCCUAUCUAUUCGCUGGACUCCAGGAAGACGACUCUGAGAAACGCUCACCACUCACCGGUAUAUUGGUUGAACGGACGGGCUUACCUCAAGACUGCGGCGGCGGCAGCUGCAACUACAGCUGCCGGCAUUUCGUCUGGAUUAGGUUUCAAACGGACUAACGAUGACGUUCUCAGUGAAGCCUCCGCUAAUACCCCAACAUCCCUUUUGGAAUUGAGAGACCUCGAGAAACAGGACGAAGCCCUGUACCGGUGUCGGGUUGAUUUCAAGAGAGCCCGAACGCGCAACUACGAAGUGCAGCUGAAAGUUAUCGUUCCACCGCGCACCAUGACAGUCACGGACCAACGUGGAACGCUUUUGCAAAAUAACGCUGUGAUCGGGCCGUAUAGCGGCGGUGACAAACUCGUCCUUAAGUGCCAAGCUCACGGAGGGAAUCCGUCUUCAACCGUCGGCUGGUAUCGAGGUGCCAUCGUUCCGCAGACGCAGCCGAAAAGUCCAGAAAACCCUCAGGACUUUUCCACGUUGAGGAGCGGAAUGGAAUUCCUGCAGUCCGCCGAACACGAGAGCGAUUUAGUUUUCCCGUCACUGGGCCACGAGAACCUUCUUGUUACGUUCACGUGCGUCGUAUCGAACAACAACAUAUCACAGCCCCUGACCAGUUCGGUCACGUUGGACAUAUAUUUCCGACCUUCACGCGUCUGGAUCUCCACGGAGGCUUCGAGCGUUCUCUCCGCCGGAGCGGCGGUAACGUUCCAUUGCUCGUCAUCGGGUUCUCGACCGCCGGCCGUUAUCCAAUGGUUCAAAGGUGGAGAACGGCUGAGUUCCACCAGCUUGCAGAACAGCAGCAGCAGCGGCUCAAACAAUUCAUCGAUCGGCACCUGGCAUACCUCAACUAUCGAGCUGAUACCGCGUCCGGAAGACGACGGGAAACAACUUACGUGCCGGGCCGAUAACCCUGCGAUGCCUCCGUCUAUAAACCACGAUUAUCAUGGGAGGCACGGGAACGCUAUAACGGACGGUAUCACACUCGAGGUGCAAUACGUGCCUCAGCUGGUCGUCAGACUGGGGAAGAAGCUCCGACACUCACACAUCCGCGAAGGUAGCGAUGUCAUUCUUGAAUGUGACGUCAGAACCAACCCUCAACUCAUCGAAAUGGGUUGGAAAUACGAAGGAACGGAACUCAUCACGGACACAUCUCGAGGGAUUGUGAUCAGCGAGCUAUCCCUGGUACUCCAAAAUGUCACCAGGCACAACCGGGGCCACUACGUGUGUACAGGAACAAACGCCGAAGGAACCGGGGAGAGUGAGCCGUUCCACCUCAGGGUUCGAUACGAGCCCAUUUGCAAGCCGGGUCUGAAACAGGUUUACGGGGCGGCGAGGAACGAGCCCGUGCGCAUAAGUUGCGAGCUCGAAGCCGAUCCCGAGGAAGUGACCAUCAAGUGGAAAACGAAAAAAAUGAAAUACGGCAUUUCCGCUCAGAACUUUGUGACCUCCCCAGCACAAUCGACGAACGGAUUUUCCGUGGUAGAGGAAGAUGCAGCGGUAGCGGCAGCUGCUAGAGACACGAGUUAUUUCGUCGAGACGGAGGGCACACGCAGCUGGCUGACGAUAGUACCGAAGUCUGAAGACGACUACGGACCUGUGAUAUGCUGGGGCAAGAAUCAAAUGGGUCGGCAGAAGGAUCCCUGCGUAUUCACGCUGAUAGCCGCUGGUCCUCCGGGUCCUGUACAUAACUGCAGCGUGAUCAAUCAGACGGAGGAGUCGUUAACGAUCUCGUGCCUCGAGGGCUACGACGGAGGCUCCGAAGGCGGUCAAAUGUUCCAUAUGGAAGUCCACGAUUCAGCCAACCAGAAUCGCGUACUGAUCGCGAACCUCAGCUCUUCGUCGACCCCGCCGAGUCUCCAAGCCACCGGUCUGUCUCCCUCGACUCCGUACGUGUGCACGAUUUACGCGUCGAACGAGAGGGGCACAAGCCAACCGACGAUUCUCGUCGCUUCUACGAUUCCGAGACCUUUGAGUUUGUCUUCUAAAGGAGGUUUCAUAUUCGACUAUAUCGAUGGUCGACUGAGUUUGAACAACAGUCCAGCACUCAUAGCCUUCGCGAUCACCGCCGCACUCUCCUCGCUGGCCUUGGGGACCUUUUUAGUUGUCAUACUGAUCAGGAGGACAUCAGGCUUCGGUCAUAAUAUGUUCAAGAAGAAUGAAAGCAAAGAUUCCCACACCGAUGCGGAGAAAGACGAUGACGACCCGUCCAUACCCCUGAGGGAGUCCAACAAGGAUCAGACGGGAAUCACGGACUUCCGCAGCUUCAGUGAUAACGAAGAAGAUAAAAAGUGCCCCGACAUUCUAUCAGAGACUCAAAUCAUAUCCAGUCCUGUGAAGACGGCGGCGGAGAGCAGUUUCAUCCGACGGUCCCCGUCGUGUAAUUCGCAGCUCUUCAAGCCCGACGGAGGCACAUCAAGCUCAACGAACUCGCGUUUGAAGCGGGAUUCAUGGGAUUUCUCCAACCACAAACCUAGAAAUUCCCUGCCGUCCUCGUUGUCCUUCCAACACAUGGCUACGAUUCCGAUAAAAUGUCAGGGCCAGCAGAACGCCUCCAGCGCGACCGGGUCGGGGCUGAAAACGCCUUCGAUCAAAACUGUUACGUUCGAUAUCACACCGAGCACGCAUCCUUACAGAGCCAAGGUUCUCAAGUGUCCUUUGUCUCUACCGGCCACUACUUCAGUUCAAGCUUUAGGAGGACCAUCGUGCCAGCAGCAAACUACAACCACAACACUUGUCCAUCCUAAAAACAAAGCUCCGCUGGCGAACCGGGAUGAAGGCCAUCUGUAG